AUGAUGAGGACAACUCCGAACAUAGACACAGGGAGGAGGUACUUCCAACACACUCACACGAACACAGGGUACAGUAACAACAAAGAGAAAAAGCACUACAAAGGGAAAGACCUAAAUUUAUGCACGCCCUUCAACCAUACCGCCAAUUUAUGUCACGAACGAAUGGAUGGAAAUUUUUACACCUACGAUAUAAGCGCAACAGUUUUCAGGCUGCUAAAAUGUGUGCACAAAUUGCAGCAACAGCAAGGUGCAAAUAUGACUGGCCAAACAAGUAAUGAAAAUAUGUCUACCAAUUAUCAAGUGGACAAACUAUUUUACUGUUACGUUUCAAUUUAUAACAAUAUAAGUAAAAAUUUAUUUUUAAAAUUAACGUUGGAGUUUUUAAAAUCCCCCGCACUGCACAAAAAGAUGAAACAAAAUGGCACAUUUUAUCAGCAAGUGCUGUGUGAAAUAGUAAAGUGUGGAGAUGGCCCUGAAACAAUGGACAAAACUUUUUUUUACGAAUAUGUAAUCAAAAUUUUAUCAGUCAUUUUUAUGAAUAAAGACGCCUUCAAUGACAUGUACGAAAGAAUGUUUUUCCAGGAUAUAAUAAAUAUGAUGCGUGGGGAAAACAAUAUAAAUUAUUUUAUAAAAAAUUUUACGUUUUUAAUUUCGUGCAUUUCUUUGUAUAAAAGGAGGCUAAAAAAAGAGAUCCAUUUCAACAGGCCAAAAGAUCAUGUCCGAAUGGAGUACUCUACACAGGAAAAUCAGUUACUCCUUAUGCAGGAGAAAAAACAACUUUUACAAAAGUGCCUACCAAUUAUACUGGACAUUUUUAACAAACUCCAGCACUACAAUCAGCUUAACGAUGUAGACAUAUGCAACAUUGUUGACUUCCUAAAUGAGUUUAAACAAUCUCAUAAAAUAAAAUCAGCCAUUUGUAAAGAGAUACAUAAAUAUUUCAAGCCAUCAAGCUAUAUGAAACAUUUAUGUUUGAUUUUGUACCUCUUGACACAGUCGAAAAAUGAGGACAUGCAGCUCACCCAGGUGGCCUACACACACGUGUACGAUAUUAUAUUCUGGAGACGCAGUGAGUUGACCGAUGCGAAAAAUGUGAACCUUUUUCUGCUCGGGGUCACAAGAUGGCGCCGCAACACAGGCGUCCAGCAAAGCACGCGUACCCCCGUUGAGAGGAGUACUCCUGUUGAAAGGGACACCUGCGUUGGUGGUCAUCCGGACGGGAAUGCAGAAAGGCCACUGGGAAAGAGGAGGAAGAAGACACACUCAGCAAAGGGUAGAGACAUACUGCAAAUUUCUUACGCAGCCAAAUCGAAAAGUACAAACCUGCAGUUAUGCCAACUCGUGCGACACAAUUUUAUCAAAAAGCAGAAAAAGAAAAAGGAAAAAAAAAUGUACUUUUGGAUUAAAUACUGCUUCUUGCAGUUUUUAAAAAAAGGACAGUUAAACAAUAAAUAUAUUAAAACCUUUUACCAAUAUUUUUUGCCGUACCAUAUAAGUAAUAAGUGCACGAGAAAGAAGAAUUAUAUAUCCCCUCUAACGAUUGUAAAACAGGUAGGAAAAGUGUGA